AUGCCCCCUUGGGGAAGACCACCAGGGGGACGACCGGGGAGGAAGAACAACAGACCUUGGGGAGUCCAACGGUCGUGGGAGUAUGAGGAUCGUGUGGAGGAGCUUGACACUGAGGAUGACACAGUACCAGGUGUUGGGCUGGGUCAAGACUAUGGCCAGCAAAGAUUUGUUUCUGAUGAGCUUCGAUUUACUGGUAUUGAUUUGGGCGGCGGUGGAAUCCGCCAAAGGCGUUCAGGUGAUGUUUACGACGAUGAGCUCACUCCUUCAGAUGACGAAGACGAGUAUGGCACGCCCUCUGGUCUCAUUCGCCGACCAGACGUGCAAGUAAUGUAUCGGGAGAAGGAGGAAAUGCUCGUUGAGAGGGCUCUUGAACGGAUUGCGCGUGCACGGGCUCUGGGUAAGCCCAACGUCAAGUUGAGUCGAGCUGAGAUUGAUGCUUUGGAACGAUUAGAGCGGAAUCAGCACCCUCCACGUCCUUCUGCAGCACCAAAGGCUGCCCCUAGGGGCAAGAAGGAAGCACCAAUCAAACGCAAGCCUGUUGAGGUUCGCAAGAAACCUGUCAGGAAUGACAAGUCUGCUAGCAAUUCGCCAAAGGGAAAAGCAGUCGACAGCCGAGGUCGUGGCAAGAGCGCUGUUACCAAUGCUUCCAUCCGGGACGAUGCGGUGGCUUCCUAUGCGCUACCUACGACAGAUUCAGACUACGGACGACGAGCUCCUUAUGUAGGCUACCCUGUGUCUGGAUCACGUCAAGCCGAGUCCUCUAGGCAAGGCUCCAGACAAGGCUCCCGUCAGAGUUCGACUCCGUCGUUACGGCAGCAACAGGCGCCACAAAUGGUUCUUUACCAACAACCGUAUUAUGCGCACCGAUAUUCCUCCACCCCAGAUGCGCUCUACAGUGCCCGACCUGGCUCGAAUUCCUCUCGCGCAUCGCGACCUGAUCCUUCCGAGCCCGACUGGGAACCGCGGUCACGCUCAAGCUCAAGUCUGGUGAACGUACCGCUAGACCAGCUUCCAUACCAGUCCAGCACAGCUAGAGCGCCACGCUUCGAUCCGUCGGAUCCUAGAUUUGCCUCUCCUCAGCGGCGAGUCGCUUCUGGGCCCCCAGACAUCCGGCCAAACCAGGCUGCUCAAUAUCGUCGGCCCCAAGACGAACUCUUUCUGCCCGACGAGCCGCCCGAGGUGAUGCGGUACCUGGUAUCAUCUGGCUCGGAGGAAGAAGAGGACGACGACGACGACGACGACAGUGACUACGACGAAGGGGUUCAAAUCGAUGUGACCGAAACACCACGCGGUGAUUAUACCAUUCAGACACGCAGUGCCGCUGCAUCAGGGUCCGCCCGCAGAGGGGGUCCCGCUCCGAAAUCCACAGCAGGAAAGGGUAAAAAGAGAAGAUAG